UGGACUCGUACUUUCCAUCCACCACGGAUGUCGUAUGUCUCUUUGGACGUAUGCUAACAUCUCGAAUGCAGUUCCCACUCCGGUGUUUUCAGGUCUACUAUCCUGCACUUUUUGUGAUUUGGUCUUGAUCGCUGUUUCUGAGCAGAUUCGCGAUGGCAAUAGUGUAUAUAGUAAUGCAAUCAUAUAUUUGCCACAUCUAAUUCCCUGAACCUGGACCGUGAUUGCGCAAUGCUUGAACCAGUAUGCUGUUGAACCGAUCAUCCUUGGAUGAGUGCAUAGAUCCUAUCGCCCACCGUGACCGCUCUUCUCACCGCAAAGCCAUCCGGUGUAUCAACAUGUUCAUGAACCCACACCCGCCAGAUCCCCGAGACAAGACUCCCUGUACCGGCAGAUUCCAGCAUCUUGGGUCUUGCGUGCGUCUAUGCAAACCACAUUCGGUCUGGCUCGCGUCUAGACGCGCAUGCGCGCACCUGCAUGAAAUGGCGGUCAAGGACAGGAUGCCCGCUGUUGUCAGAUGCAAGAGAGACUUAGCUGCAGGUACCCAUUUUGCUUUCGCCCAUCUUGCUUGCAGUAGUAUCUGUAUAUCUCCCGAGCAACCAAGAUUUCUCUUCAGUUUGCAUCGUGAGUGGGGAAGGCUCAGGCAGAGUCACAAUAGUUCUGUGGAGUGUAUUCGUGUUGAUGGUACGCACGGUCAGCUUGCUCAUCACCACUCGAUUUUGUCUGCAAAGACUGUCUAUCAUCUGAUCAGAUGACUCCUUGAGCAAAGCUUGGUUCGGAAUCAAUGAAAGUGUAUGUUGCGUUGUCUCGUGUUAUGAUGAGCUGUACUGUGU